AUGACUAUAGAUAUAGUAUGGAAGAGCCUUCCUCUAAAACCGGUCGAGUUGUCGUUAUCAAGAGUGUUGAGAUGUGGACAGACUUUCAGAUGGAAAAACAUCGACCAUGUCUGGUCCUUCACCACAUCCGAUAGAAUCGUUCUUUUAAGACAAGAUGAAGAACAUUUACACUACUCGUGGAUCAUGGAAGAGGAUAACAAAACUAUGAAACCUCUCAAGUUGAGGGAAUCAGAAACGCUUGAGUUUAUCAUGGACUAUUUUUCCUUGUCUACUAGUCUUGAAAAGUUGUAUCUGGAUUGGCUGAUUGUCAAUCAAAAGUACAAUAAAUCGGUCAAAAACUCUCCGUUUGUGAAGUUUCCUGGUAUAAGAAUACUUAGACAAGAUCCGUGGGAGACAACCAUUUCGUUUAUUUGUUCAUCAAAUAAUAACGUGAAGAGGAUCUCCAAAAUGUGUGAUAGUCUUUGCAGUGAGUUUGGAAAGUUCAUAAACGUGUAUGGAGGAGAAUCGUUCUACUCGUUUCCUGAUCCUUCGAGUCUUGCUAAACCAGGCACAGAGCAAAAGCUCCGGGAGUUGGGAUUUGGAUACAGAGCCAGAUAUAUUUAUAAUACUGCCUGCAAAUUUGUUGACGAUGAUGGUUUUCCACAUAUCACAACGAAAACUUUACAUGCAAUGAGAAAGAGUCCAUAUGAAGAGGCACAUGAGUUCCUUUUGUUACUUGACGGGGUGGGUCCUAAGGUGGCUGACUGUAUAUGCUUGAUGGCACUUGAUAAACAUGAGAUUGUACCAGUUGAUACUCACGUAUACCAAAUUGCCAUAAGAGACUACAGGUUUAAGGGAAAGAGGGACUUGAAGACCAUGAACAAGCAAGUGUAUGAAGACAUCAGAGGAUUCUUCAAGACCUUAUUUGGUCCAUACGCUGGAUGGGCCCAGUCGGUGCUUUUUGCAUCUGAUUUGGCCGAUUUGAACAAUGGCAUUAACCAAAUCACUGACACAACUACAAUUAAAACCGAGAAAGUGGAGGUGGAUAAAAGGACUGUUGACUUUGCUGAGACAAAGGUGGUAAAGUCUAAAAGAAUUAAGACAGCUGCCUAA